AUGGAGCUGCUUAGCGAUAGAUAUCUCCGUUAUCUCAGCAAUCGCCGCAGCUUUGGGUCAGGAUCGAGAUGCAGAGCGUCGUUUGCUUGUACCAUGAUGUUUCUUCUCGUGGUACUCGAUUAUGCAGACAUGAAAAGAGAGGCAGGCGUUUUUGUUUCCGGGGUACUGGCAGCGACUGGGCAGAGUUCCGAGGCGACUGCAGAGAGUAUCUGCCAAUCUGAUGGUGAAAACACAACGAUUUGUGCAUGCGGCGACAGUCAGAUUAGAGACCGCCAGGUUUCUGGACUAUCAGGCGCAGCCGCUAACUCUCUCAAACAGGCCUCCGUGAUGUUUUCAGGUCCAACAAACAAGCUGACUGUCAUCUGCGACGGAUCACAUGUUCCUGACUACAGUCAAGCUCUGAAGGACAAGGUCUGUCCUGUGGAUGCGGACAUGACCCAAUGCCGAAAUAAUGGCAAACCACCCGCAAACCAGCCAAUCAUCCUGGCAGGCCUGCUUCGCGGAGAAAAUGCUGCCGAAAUCCAGUGGGUCGACGACAACGCCCCCCACUCCAACAAAUCGUUUUCCCUAAGAAUUCCCGGAUCCAACCUUCCUCUCUCCGACAAAGCUUUCUCCGUUGGAUGCAUGAAAAAAACCAACUCCGACGCGUCCUGUAAAGUGACAGUCAAUCUCGUCAAACUGUCUCAGACAACGGGGAACACCGUCGAAUGCGCUUACGGAGCUACCAGCAACGCCAGCCGACAGCAAGUGACGCUCUCGCCGACACAAAACACCCUGACCCUCAUUUGUGGCAAUGACAGCGCCAUCCUGCCUACAGACUACCGAACACACUUCUGUUCCACCGGAAAUGCGCAAGAAUCCUGUGCCGAAACCUACGAGAGUAUCAUUCCGCAGUACGAAGACAGCUGGUGGACGACGUCGUCGCCAGAAAAUGGCACGUACAAGCUGGCGAUUCCGUCAGACAUGUUUCCCGAGGAGGAGAAGAGGAUCGUCGUAGGGUGCAAAUAUGCACAGUCGAAAGCUGGAAAAGCCGACGGUGGCGGUACGUCCACGAGCAGCAUCUGCAAUGUCGACGUCACUAUUUCGGCAAGCACGAGCGCAGCAUCAGAUGCGAGUGUUCCUUCUGUGAAGUGCAUGGCAUUGUCUACUGCUGUUGUAUUGGGUGCCGGAUUUCUUUUUCUGAAUUAG